CUUAAUCAUCUGUUCACUGCUAAGCGUUACUUUAACGGUUGUGUUUCAAUUUUCGAUCUUGAUUUAAUUUGUAAUAAAUAAAUUCUUGGUUACGUACGUAGUUUGAAAACAUUUUUUUUUGAAGUAAUAAGAAUGAGUCACGCCUAUUAAAUUAUAGAUUAUUUGUAAAGACGGUUUUAACAGAAUGAACUGAAAAUUUAGUUUAUCAGUUAUUUUCAAUAGAAUAGAUAAUGGAAAACGUUCCUGAAAUAUUUUCUGUUUUUAAACAAAUUGUUGAGGAAGAAAUAAGUAACAAAAAUCACCUUUUAUUAUCACCCAGAAAUCGAUUCAGAACUAAAAUGUUACUUGAAAAUCUUGUCAGUAAUAUUUCAUCGAACUACAUUGAUGAGAAUGAAUUUAUUAAGUUGGUUGUGAAUAUGAAAUUGCCUAUGCCUUUAGAAAGUCUUUGGUAUUUGCAGGUGCACCAUCUAUUUUAUUUAGGCUCAUAUGUUUAUUUCCAUCCAGAUCAGGCUAAAAAACUGCCAGAACUUUUAGUGCAAUUAGCAUGUUUAACCAAUGACAAAAAUUUGGGAGUUCAGCGAGAGGAUUGUGCUCAUAUUAAACAAAUCUACACAGACUUUUUUAUAGAACUUUUAAUUUUAAAUUGUUUGAUGUUGAAUUGA